AUGGGUCGAAGAAAAAUUGGCAUGGAACUGAUUAAAAACGAAAGAUCUCGAAAUUUAACGUAUCAAAAGAGGAAAAAAGGUUUGGAGAAAAAGGCCGAUGAAUUAUCAACUUUGUGUCAAGUCAAACUUUGCAUGAUUAUAUACGCUCCAAAACAUGGCGACAAACAGCAAGAGGAACCUGUGACAAUCUGGCCGGAAAAAGAUACUGUCCGGAGCUUAAUCGAGUCGUACAGAAGGCGAUCGGACGAUGAUCGGAGAUUAAGAACACAUGAUUUAUCGUUUUACUUCAAGGACUUAGCAAGAAAAGUGGAGCUUGAGUCUGCAAAGUUACGUAAAAGUAACCAUGAGGCUAAGUAUCCAACGUGGGAUCAACUCUAUGAUAAUUUGUCUACUGACCAACUGAAACAACUUACUGCCUUAUUGGGGGCAAAAAUUGAGGUUACAAAGCAAAGGUUGGAAUUCUUGAAGGGAACACAGACAAUAUCCUUAGAGGACAGGCAUGCAAUGAGUUUUCUUGGAAAGCAAGCAACUCAUCAGCCAAAUACUCCAUGCGUAAUGCAGAGUUUGGUUAGGAAAGGCAGCUUGCAACUCGAAAUUAUCGAACAACAACAACAACCAUUAGUGCAGCCGAUGAAUUUCCCGGAGAGUACUACUCAUCAUGCUGGUCCAGUAACAGAAUUAGUACCAUUUGGCCAUCAAAUGAUGAUGUUAAAUAACAACAACAACAACAACAUAUCCAGUGUAAUUCCACUAAUGGGGUCUGGAGAGGGUAUAGUGUACACAGACGUUACCUCUACCUUGGGAGGUAGAAAAACUGUUUCUGAUAGACCUUCGGCUCAAAGGAUGUUUCCGAUGAUGUUAAAUAACAAUAAUGUUGAAAAUCAACAGGCAAUGGGGAUGAUGAGAGAUCAGAAUAUGUUGUUAAGCAAUAAUAUUGUUGAUCAUCAUCAAUAUCCUCAUGCUCAACCAGUGUGCUAUUUUGUACCAGUGGUGACACCUACUAAUUACUAUCAGCAUCAGUAUCAACUGCUGCCAAAUGCUGCUGCUACUGCUACUGCUUCUUAUCAAAUGCAUGCUUCUCAGAGGGAAGAAUAUUAUGAAAUGGCUGAUCACUUUCACCUACCAAAUACUACUAUGAAAUAG